CAGCGGCGGCGGCGGCAGCCCCGUAGCGGCCGAUCUGACUGGCCGGCCGGCCGGCCAUGGAGGCGGAUGGGGCCGGCGAGCAGAUGAGACCGCUACUCACGCGGGUAACGAGCAGGGGUCCUGAUGAAGAGGCUGUUGUGGAUCUUGGCAAAACCAGCUCAACUGUGAACACCAAGUUUGAAAAAGAAGAACUUGAAAGCCAUCGAGCUGUGUAUAUUGGUGUGCACGUCCCAUUCAGUAAAGAGAGUCGGCGGCGUCACAGACAUCGUGGGCACAAACAUCACCACCGGAGAAGAAAAGAUAAAGAUUCGGAUAAAGAAGAUGGACGAGAAUCUCCCUCUUAUGAUACCCCAUCCCAGAGAGUUCAGUUUAUUCUUGGUACUGAGGAUGAUGAUGAAGAGCAUAUUCCCCACGAUCUGUUCACGGAAAUGGAUGAACUGUGUUACAGAGAUGGAGAAGAAUAUGAAUGGAAAGAAACUGCGAGAUGGCUGAAAUUUGAAGAGGAUGUUGAAGAUGGAGGAGACCGAUGGAGUAAACCUUAUGUGGCAACUCUGUCUUUGCACAGUCUUUUUGAACUAAGGAGUUGCAUCCUAAAUGGAACAGUCAUGCUGGAUAUGAGAGCAAGCACUCUGGAUGAAAUAGCAGAUAUGGUACUAGACAACAUGAUAGCCUCUGGCCAGCUAGACGAGUCCAUAAGAGAGAAUGUCAGAGAAGCUCUUCUGAAGCGGCAUCAUCAUCAGAAUGAGAAAAGAUUCACCAGUCGGAUUCCCCUGGUUCGAUCUUUUGCAGAUAUAGGCAAGAAACAUUCUGACCCUCACUUGCUUGAAAGGAAUGGGGAAGGCCUUUCAGCCUCCCGCCACUCUUUGCGGACAGGUCUCUCUGCCUCAAACCUUUCACUGAGAGGAGAAUCGCCUUUAUCUCUUCUUCUCAGUCAUCUCCUUCCUUCUUCGAGAGCCGGAACCCCUGCAGGCUCGAGGUGUACAACCCCAGUACCCACCCCUCAAAGCAGCCCUCCUUCCAGCCCUAGCAUCAGUCGCCUGACCUCCAGAAGUUCCCAGCAGAGUCAGCUGCAGGCCCCCGAGCUACUGGUCUCACCUGCCAGUGAUGAUAUUCCCACAGUAGUAAUUCAUCCGCCUGAGGAAGACUUAGAAGCACUGGAAGGCCAGGAGCAGAAGAAUGAGGAAAAUGUUGGCUUAACUCCAGGCAUUUUGGCCUCACCACAGUCUGCUCCUGGAAACUUGGAUAGUAGUAAAAGCGGAGAAAUUAAAGGUAAUGGCGGUGGAGGAAGCAGAGAAAAUAGUACUGUUGACUUCAGCAAGGUUGACAUGAAUUUCAUGAGAAAAAUUCCCACGGGAGCUGAAGCAUCCAACGUUCUUGUAGGAGAAGUAGACUUUUUGGAAAGACCUAUAAUUGCGUUUGUGAGACUGGCUCCCGCCGUCCUCCUCUCAGGGUUGACCGAGGUCCCUGUUCCUACGAGGUUUUUGUUUUUGUUGUUGGGUCCAGCAGGCAAGGCACCACAGUACCAUGAAAUUGGAAGAUCAAUAGCAACUCUCAUGACAGAUGAGAUUUUUCAUGAUGUAGCUUAUAAAGCAAAAGACAGAAAUGACCUCUUAUCUGGAAUUGAUGAAUUUUUAGAUCAAGUAACUGUCCUGCCUCCAGGAGAGUGGGACCCUUCCAUUCGCAUAGAGCCACCAAAAAGUGUUCCUUCUCAGGAAAAGAGAAAGAUUCCUGUGUUUCCCAAUGGAUCUGCUCCCACAUCGGGUGAGACUCCUAAAGAGGCCGCCCAUCAUGCUGGCCCUGAGCUGCAGAGGACUGGACGGCUUUUUGGUGGUUUGAUACUUGACAUCAAAAGGAAAGCACCUUUUUUCUUGAGUGACUUCAAGGAUGCAUUAAGCCUGCAGUGCCUGGCCUCGAUUCUUUUCCUAUACUGUGCCUGUAUGUCUCCUGUAAUCACUUUUGGAGGGCUGCUUGGAGAAGCUACAGAAGGCAGAAUAAGUGCAAUAGAGUCUCUUUUUGGAGCAUCAUUAACUGGGAUUGCCUAUUCAUUGUUUGCUGGGCAACCUUUAACAAUAUUGGGGAGCACAGGUCCUGUUUUAGUGUUUGAAAAAAUUUUAUUUAAAUUCUGCAGAGAUUAUCACCUUUCCUAUCUGUCUUUAAGAACCAGUAUUGGUCUUUGGACUUCUUUCUUGUGCAUUGUUUUGGUUGCAACAGAUGCAAGCAGCCUUGUGUGUUAUAUUACUCGUUUUACAGAGGAGGCUUUUGCAGCUCUCAUUUGUAUCAUAUUCAUCUACGAAGCUUUGGAGAAACUCUUUCAUUUAGGGGAAAUAUAUGCAUUCAAUAUGCACAACAACUUAGAUAAACUGACCAGCUACUCAUGUGUAUGUAUUGAACCUCCCAACCCUAGCAAUGAGACUCUAGAGUUGUGGAAGAAAGAGAAUAUAACAGCACACAAUAUUUCCUGGGGAAAUCUUACUGUUUCUGAGUGCAAAACCUUCCAUGGUAUCUUUGUAGGCUCAGCUUGUGGUCUUCAUGGACCUUAUAUUCCUGAUGUGCUCUUCUGGUGUGUCAUCUUAUUUUUCACAACAUUUUUCCUGUCUUCAUUCCUCAAGCAAUUUAAGACCAAGCGUUAUUUUCCUACCAAGGUGCGAUCGACAAUCAGUGACUUUGCUGUAUUUCUCACAAUAGUAAUAAUGGUUGCAAUUGACUACCUUGUAGGAGUUCCAUCUCCUAAGCUUCAUGUUCCUGAAAAAUUUGAGCCUACUGAUCCAAAUAGGGGGUGGAUCAUAAGCCCAUUGGGAGACAAUCCUUGGUGGACCUUACUUAUAGCUGCUAUUCCAGCUCUGCUUUGCACUAUUCUCAUCUUUAUGGAUCAACAAAUUACAGCUGUAAUCAUAAACAGAAAGGAGCACAAACUGAAGAAAGGAGCUGGCUACCACCUUGAUUUGCUCAUGGUUGGUGUUAUGUUGGGAGUUUGCUCUGUCAUGGGCCUGCCAUGGUUUGUGGCUGCAACAGUGUUGUCAAUAAGUCAUGUCAACAGCUUAAAAGUUGAAUCUGAAUGUUCUGCUCCAGGGGAACAACCCAAGUUUUUGGGAAUUCGUGAACAGCGGGUUACAGGGCUAAUGAUUUUCAUUCUAAUGGGCCUCUCUGUGUUUAUGACUUCAGUUCUAAAGUUUAUCCCAAUGCCUGUUCUGUAUGGUGUUUUCCUUUACAUGGGUGUUUCUUCACUAAAAGGAAUCCAGUUUUUUGACCGCAUAAAGCUGUUUGGAAUGCCCGCUAAGCAUCAGCCUGACCUGAUAUACCUCCGGUACGUGCCUCUCUGGAAGGUGCACAUCUUCACUGUCGUGCAGCUCACUUGUCUGAUUCUCUUGUGGGUGAUAAAAGCUUCAGCUGCUGCAGUAGUUUUCCCCAUGAUGGUUCUUGCAUUAGUCUUCGUACGCAAGCUCAUGGACCUGUGUUUUACAAAGCGAGAACUUAGUUGGCUUGAUGAUCUUAUGCCAGAGAGUAAGAAAAAGAAAGAAGAUGACAAAAAGAAGAAAGAGAAAGAGGAAGCCGAACGCAUGCUUCAAGAUGAUGAGGAGACUGUGCACCUUCCAUUUGAAGGAGGAAGUCUCUUGCAAAUUCCAGUUAAGGCCCUAAAAUAUAGUGUCGAUCCCUCAGUUGUUAACAUAUCAGAUGAAAUGGCCAAAACUGCACAGUGGAAGGCACUUUCCAUGAAUACUGAGAAUGCCAAAGUAACCAGAUCUAACACGAGCCCUGAAAAACCUGUGAGUGUGAAAAUAAAUUUUGAAGAUGAACCAACAAAGAAAUACAUGGAUGCUGAAACUUCAUUAUAGGAUUGAACCCAGAGGAAUUUUAUAUAUAUAUAUAUAUAUAUACAUAUAUAAAAUGUGUGUGUCAUGUCACUAAAUAUAAAACAGUAUUGUAUGUCAUGCUGUUUAUGCAUGACUACUGGGUUUUUGAAGUAGUGUCUGAAGUUUGUUAUGAGCACCAUGGAGACUGUAUAUAAUGAAAUAGUGUCUUAGAAGUGAGGUACAUGGUUCUUACCAUUCAAAUAUUUAUUCUGCUGGAAAAAAAAUUUUUUUGUUGUUCUGCAAUAGAAAGAUGGGGGGGGAAUGGAUUUAAUCUAUUUUUCUUAAGUUUCUGUUCAUAAAUGGCAGUUCAUAUCAUCCUUAAGUGAUACAUGCUUAGUCCAUAUAUUUAUAAAUUUUUCUUGGGUUUCUAACAUUUUCCCUAUAUAGUCACAAAAGUGAAAUAAUUAGUGCUAGUGCUUUAUGGGAAGAACAGGGAGUCUUUAUGCCAAUGUUGUGGGGAAAAUGGUAGCAUAUCAAGGCUUCUGUGUGUGUAUAUGUGUGUGUGUAUCAUAUGCAGAUGUCCAUCAUAUUUCACAAAUGAUGGCAAUUUCUUGGCCGUAGGGGUGAGUGUAGAACAAUGCAAACUUCCUAGAUAAGAGCCAUAGUGUUUAACCUUUAUGUUUUGGGAAAUGUUUUAAAUCUUAAAACUCCCAUAUCUAGGUUUCCAUUCUGGCACACAAGUAAAAUUGCAUUUGAUUUUAUAAUUUAGCAUCCAUACCAGCCAUAAUUUUAGAAGCUAUAAAUGCCAAUUUGCAAUAGUUGAGUUUUGUUACUUUUGGAGAAACUUUUUAAAAUCUUUAGGCUGUUUAUAGAGCCCCUAUUCCCACUCAGUUUUCUGCCUUUGCUCUCUUUUACUUAAAAUGAGUUAGUUUGUAUCAGGCUCAAGUGCUUGAUUAUUUUUCUAUCAUAAGUAGUAUGAUUAAAAGAAUCAGGAGUCAGAAUUCUCUCAGAUGGGUUAAUGAUCAGUAUUACUUUAUUAAGAAUUACCUUUAAUUUUCUGUUUUUAUUCUUUCUAUUGUAUAGAUUAUAUUUAAUAAGUUGUUAUCUGCAACUUCAUUUUUAAAAUAUUUUAUUUAUUUUAACUGAUAGGCUUAAAUAAUUCAUACACAUCUGAAAAGGUAACAAAUUUAUAGUAAACUGUUCAUGUACAUACUUGGUGCUCCCUUGCAUUUGUUUAUUAUCUAAAAGCAGUUGACAGAUUUUACAUCUUUGAUAUAAAGCACUGCCAUAUUUGUAUUUAAAACGGAAAUUUGACAUUUUAUGUACAGCUCAGAUUUGUGGCAUUCUUUCUGUUUCGUGUUGGGAUUUGUUAUUUUUAGUUUUCCUGAGCUGUCUUUUUAUCUUCUGGCAGAUCUUUUUAGCCAUCUUUUGUAUACUCUUAGCUCCACAUGAAAUAAAUAAAUGGUUUUAUUAAGCCUGUAGGACUGGAUGAAUGGAAUUGUGAAACUGAUUUGAUAGGAGAAUAAUUUAGAAAAUCAAAAUUGAGUAUUGAGAAGACACAGAAAUAUGAAAAUGGUGAGGUGACUCUUAGGAUGCACAUUUUAAUGCGAUUCUAAUAUUCACUUUAGUUAUUUCUAAUAAAAACGCAAAUGUAUGAACAAUUGACCUGAUAGAGCAAAAAUCAUGAAGAAUGCCAAAAGCUGAUAUUUUAGUGGUUCUGGAGUGAUUUUAGUCCAUUCUAAAGCUGUUAUCAUAAUGUAAUUUCCCCAUCUGAGAUAAUAAUUGUCAGAUUUUAGUUAAAAUAACAGACUCAACCUCUGCCUCAGAUGAGAUGUUAGAAAUGUAGCUGCUUUUCUCCAGACAACAUAGCUGACAUUGUUUGGUACUGUCUGAAAAAGAGUUAGACUCUAUGGGCAAUUGAUAGAGUAUUACCCAUGGUGCUUAUUGGGCAUGAGCUUCCAUUGAAGUGAUUCCUUUUUAUUCAUAGCGGCAUAAUGAUUUUCAAAGUCCCCAGUAUUUGCUGCUAUUUUUUAAACUCCCCUGAACCUGAGGAUUUCCUCACAUCAUUUCCUUGUGUUUGGACAUCAAAAGGUUAACAAUUGUACCUAUUGUACAAGGAAGUGAUUUUAAAAUAUAAACUGAAAACUACCUGGGAUCGUGUUUUUGUAAUUUUAUUUAAUUAUGUAUAGUAAUUUUAAGUGCCAGAAAAACCAUGACUUGCAAAAUACUUUGCACUCAAAAUGUUUUUACUGUGUUCCUAAUUGUUAAGCUUUCUUUUGACUACUUGACUUACAAAAUGAUCUGAUAUGACUACUCCAUUGAAGAGCAAAGGUAACUCAUGUUUAAGUAAUUAACUGCUUGUUUUAGAUAUUUCUUCCACUCUUUUUGAAAAAUGUCAAUCAUGGAUAGCAUUCAUUGCAAGACAGUGAAAGGUAAUUUACUACAUAUGUAGAUUUUUAAAUGUUGCCUUAAAUAGGUAUAUAUGAGCAGUAGUAAUUGCUAUGUACUGAUUUACCUCAAGGUGCAAAAGAAUUAAACUUGUACAUAUUCCAUUUACAAAAUAAAUUCAACUGAACAGCCCUGCACUUUCUUAGAUGCCUUGAUUUCCAGAAUGGAGCUUAGUGCUACUGAAUGCCCUGGACACAGGGCCACCUCAGGAUCUUCUUCUCCACUCUUAUUUAUUUAUAGAUGUCUGUUUACAAAGACUUUAAUAAAUCCUGGUGUUGACCAUCUGAAACUUACUUUCUUCUGAGUGCUGUUUCAGUCUAAAAUAGCAGCUUUUGAGAAACAAUGAACCAACUUUCUUAACCAUAAAAGGAUGAUUCCAUGUAUUCUUUAAUAAUAUUAAAUAUGCCGAAGUGAAGCACACAGUCUUUCUCAGUGUGUGUGUGUGUGUGUGUGAGAGAGAGAGAGAGAGAGAGAGAGAGUGAGAUAAUGAAUGUUA